CUGUUUCUUCUUCCAAGAAAUCCUCCAAACUAUUCCAACUUGACCUCUCUCUCUCUCUCUCUCUCUCUCUUUUUGUAUAUUUACUAUAAACCCUCCCCUUUAAUCUUGUCGUAUAUAUUCAAAACAUGAGCUCUAAGCCAAACCCUCAAUUGUGACCCUCAUAAACUACCCACAAAUGCCUUCCUCUUUGCAGCUCCACCGUGCCACGGCCACCCCCACCUCCUCCAUUGGCAGCUGGAACCAAAAACAAGCUCAAAGGUUUUUCCCUCUUCCUUGUGGUGUCUCCGUGCCUGACACGGUGGCGACGCACCAUAUCCACGCCAUGGGUCCUAACCAGUGUUGUUCUGCUGUGGUUCAAGCCAUCGAAGCCCCCGUGGAAACCGUUUGGUCAGUGGUUCGUCGUUUUGAUAACCCUCAAGCUUACAAACACUUCCUCAAGAGCUGCAACGUCAUCGUCGGUGAUGGUAACGUGGGCACCCUCCGGGAGGUCCACGUGGUUUCGGGCCUCCCCGCCGGUUCCAGCACGGAGAGGCUUGAGAUCCUGGAUGAUGAACGCCACGUGCUUAGCUUUAGCGUGGUAGGAGGCGAUCAUCGGUUGACUAAUUACAGGUCCGUCACAACUCUACACCCUUCAUCCAUUGGUAACGGGACAGUUGUUGUCGAAUCAUUCGUCGUUGACAUACCGCCUGGUAACACUAGAGAAGAUACGUGCAUUUUUGUCGACACAAUUGUACGUUGCAACCUUCAAUCUUUGGCUCAAAUGGCUGAAAAUAUGGCUAGAAGAGAAAAUUUAUCAUCCCCAUAGAAUUAUUAGAAAAAAAAAAAAAGAAGCUCUAACUCUCUUAAUUAAUUCCUUUUUUUUUCCUAUGUGGGAUCGAUGAAUGGCAAGUGAAGGAGUAUCUGUUAUCAAAGCACAUAUGGGAAUUCAUAGAUCAAAAUAGAGGCCUUGAUGGAGUUGAAGGUGAUCAUAUAUCACUAGUACUACCAAUAAUGAUUUAAUGUUAAACUUGUUUUUGGCUUAUUUCUUCACCAUUUUCUGUUUGAAGACUUUGCUUGCAUAUGAUCACAGUUAAUUUUUCUGUUCAUUUUCUCUAUGUAUUAUGAACUUGUUUCAGGGUUUUUUUGUUACAUUUGGUCAGUCAAAAAGUUGUAGUAAUUAUUUCUUGUGAAUUCUCUCUAGAUUAUUACCUUCUUUGUUUUCCCUUUUUCUUGUUGUAUGUAUUUCUCGAAAAAUAUAAUAAAAACAGUAGGAAUCUGGUCAG